AUGACAUUGACAAAUGAACCAAGGGAGGUAACUCUACGGCAACAGUGCCGUCAUCUUCCAAAAGUGCCGCCAAACGUCAUCUACGGGGUUUACACAUUCCACUGCACGAUCCUCGCCAUUUUUAGAAGACUGGGCAAGCUGACGUUGUCAUUAUUCUCCCCAGAUCUCUCAAGCCGCAGUCUACUGUCUGCGCUGCCAACACCAGACAGGAUCCCCCUUCCUGAUCUUGCACCUACUAUGAUUGCAGCCCUUCAAGCAGGUGAAAGGAGCAGCCAGAUUUUUAACUCUGUAUUGAAGCAGUGUGAAACAGUUUACACAACUGUUUAUCCAUCAAUGUCAUCUUCACCAUACUAUCAAUCAAUCGUCAGGAGGAUGGUGGCAAAAUAUCCUUCAUUGGCCUAUGCACAUGGCAAGACACUUUGGAGCUUUUUUGUGUCCAAAUUGAGUCAGCGAUGCCGCACCAAUAGAUUUCAAAACAAUGCAAAAUCAACAAGACCUGCGCCUAAGGAUUCUGAAGAUGCACAACCUCAGAAGUUGUUCAAGAUGGCUAAUAAAUCAUCAGGUGUGACAUCAGAGAAAGAUUUUGCAUCCCAUCUUGAUGAAAUAAAGAAGGAAUGGGAAGGAAAGCAAUCAAUUACUCAUCUGCAAACUCUACUAAAACAGACAAGACAAUUCCGCAAAGAGUGGCAAACCACCUUGAAGCCUGGGAAGAUUGAGCCCAUUUUAGAAAAGUUCCCUUGUUUUGAGGAAGGAUGCUUUUUGGUGUAUGAAUUCUUUUGCCAACUCAGUGAUGAUCCAGAGGAAGCGAGGGAAGAAAUUGCCAGAAAUAUAAAAUGGAUAAUGCACACUGUCGUAUCUAAAAAAACUGCACCUGAUGCAUGGUACUGA